AUGCAAACAACCGAACACUCUAACAAAACCAGAAACAAAGAACACAAGCACACAAGAACACACACACUCAAAACAGUAAAAGAACACUUUUGUGUACGUGGUUCAGAAGCAUUUCUCCAACCUAUAUCCACGAGAAAACCAACUCUCUUUGAUCUUUAUUGCUCUGAUGAUGAUUACAAAGAGACUCCGACAUGUCUGAUCUCGUGGAUGAGAUGAGGCAACUUCUUGAGGUUCGGGCCGCCAAGGCAGCCAAAGCCGCGACAAAGAAUGCUGCCAAGAAAACAUCCAAGGCGCCUGGCCCAGAUCUAUCCCGCAACAAGGAGACGCCAGGGGCAGAUCCUCGACCAGGCCAGGUUGCAAUCGUCGCGGUUCCUGUUACGGCUGUGGACCCGGCCACCGUCCCCGGCCUCGCUCAACCCCUAGUGAUCGAUCUGGAGUCGGAACCUGCAGUAAGCCAGAGUUCCGGGAAGAGGGCCGCAGAGUUGGGCGCGGCGGAGACCGAAACUGGGAACAAGAGGCCUCGGACGAGGCGGGCUAGCUCGGCCGGAGAGUCAUUCGGGGAAAGUCGCCUCACCGCGAAGGAGAUUCCGGCGACACCGGCCCUUCCCAUCCAUCCGGCCCUACCUGAGGAGGGGGAAGCUGUCUUGCGAGACAAGCAGUCCAGGCUCAUUUCCCGGACCUGGGAGAGUGGCUGGGAAAGGAGUGACAAGACAUACAAGGCCCUGACGAUUUGUCGUCAGGUUGAGUUCGCUGAGCGCCUGGCGGCCUUCAGUGUCCCUCAGCUGAUCGUGGAUCGGCCAAUCGCCGAGACGGGCUUUCGCCCUAAGCUGGGGCAGGACACGACCCUAUUCGCGGUGGACCUGUUGGACCAGGUGGGGAACACCAUGUCCAACCUUCAACUGAAAUGGUACGCCACCAUCGCCAACCCGGACAUGCUGUUCAUCUCCCAGGCUCUCCGCCAUCAGGCCAUCGCUGACGCUCUGCUAUCCCAUCGAAAUGCUGACCUGGUGGCCGAGGUGGCCAUGAUAGAGACGCUCCAGCUGGAGCUGGAGGCGGCCGUGAAUCAAAGGGAGGCCACCAAGGAGGCCCUGGCCAGGGAGACGGCCCAAGCAAAGGGAUCCUUGGCCAAAGGAGUCAAGGCUCGGCUUGAAGAGGCCAUAUCCCGGAAAGAAGUCGAGGCUAAUGAGAAGGUAGCUCUUCUGGAGGCAGAGCUUCUGUAACGACCUCCAAUCUUAACAUACAUAUAUAUAUAGUGUAAAAACAAAGUUUAACCUGAAUAUAACAAUACUUAAAUUCUGAAUUUACAAAAACUUUAUUAAACAAUACAUAACUAAUGUUCAUAACCUCAAACCAUACAAUACUCACAACUAAAUAAAAACUUUAUCUUACAUACAAAUCUUAAUACUUUUAUAAAUAAUUUUCGUGGCGUUACUACACCUUAACGUAGAGAUAAAAGUGUAUCCAACCGAUAAAUUGAAAAGCUUUAUGUAAAUUACAAAGUCCAUGAAAUACUUUUAAAGCUUUAAGUAAAUGAUAAAGUUCACAAAAUACUUUUAAUGAAAUAUAAUAAAACCAAGUUUCUUGUUUAUUUAUAAAAUAGCAUAGCAGAACUCCACUCCCUUCAAGUCAGCCCCAUAUGUACAGUCAUGUUGGCUCCACGUAUACUCAUCAACGAUUUAUAUUUGGGGCCUCUUACCUACAAUACAAAACAUUAACUGAUGAGCUAAAGCUCAGUAAGCAGAAUAACUACCUCAUAUGCAUUAAAAUAAACGUGCAACAUGCUAUGUAUUUUCUUUCUUUCUGUCACUUUCCUUUCUUUUGGGCCCUAGAGGAUGCUGCUGCCGGCAUUACAUAGGGAAUCACAUUCCCACCUGAACAUAAACAUGAUAAUAGGGAAUUUCUCCCUCAUAAACAUUCAUUAUAUAGGGAAGUACAUCUCCCUCCUUACAUUUUUGGGACGUAGGUCUCCCAAGCAGCACCUCUACUUUAACACUUUCAAUAACUUGUUUGUGAACAUUAAGCGUGCUUAUGCAUAAGAAAUAUAACAUUCUUAAAAAUAACUUCUGCAUAAAAACAUGGAAGGAUAACAUAUAAAGCAUAUAAAUGCACAUAAGACACAUAAAAGAUAUGUAUUGUAGAUGAGGAUUCUACUUACCUUGCGUCUUGAUAAAACAACCGAAAUUGUUAGCUUCCUGAUAAAAACACAAACUAUUAACUUACAUAAAAUCUACAUGAUGUAAUUUUAGUUUAUAAUUGUUGUUAUUCUAUUUUUCUUUUCUUCUUAUUGUUUAUUUUAUGUCCAGGCGUAUGGUCAUACUAUAUUUGUCUAUGGGAUGGUCCUGGUCUAAAAGUCGUGGUCAUGGUCAUGGUCAUACGGAAAUGUCCAGGUCAUAGCAUCAGUCCAUAAUAAUAGGGAAUAAGGUCAUAUAAUAAAAGUCCAAAUAGUCCAAAGUGUGACCAUAGCCUAUAUAAGUUUAGUAUUAUAACGAUACAUAAAAAAAUAGUUUAUAUUUCAAUUUUUGGCAUUGUAAAUUACG